GGUUUUUUCCUGGUUCAUGGAUUCCUUUACAUUUGGAAGGAAGCGAGCCAGGGGGAACCCUGGGGUUGUACGCUUUCCUCAUAUCGGGAAGAGGAGAUAGAGUGAACUCUCCAGAACCUUUCUGGGUCUUCAGAAGAUAAGCGAAAAAAAGAUCUUUCUCACUCUCUCUCCUCUCUAGUCUUCUUGUUCGUGAAUUUUGAGGGAGAAGAUGUUAGAAGGCAAAGCUAUGGUAGAGGACACAGACAUGCCAGAGAAGAUGCAGAUCCAAGCCAUGACUUCUGCUUCUCGAGCUCUUGAUCUCUACGAUGUAGUUGACUGCAAAUCCAUCGCUGCCCACCUCAAAAAGGAAUUCGACAGGAUAUAUGGACCUGGAUGGCAAUGCGUUGUGGGUUCCAACUUCGGUUGUUUCUUCACUCAUUCUGAAGGGUCUUUCAUCUAUUUUGCAUUAGAGACCCUUAAUUUUCUUAUUUUUAAAGCUGCCUCUGUUCCUUCUCUUCCUCUUUCCCCUGAAUACUAACUGUCUAGCUAAAAUCUCCCAUCACUGUAUUCCACACUCUUGUCUCCCUUUUUCUUAUUUCGAGAUGGUAUCCCCAUGGAGUUGAAGAAAGGAAAUUGGAUAACAAAGGGGAGUGAGUGAAAGAGAAGAUAAGAGCUUUGAAGCAGAGGGUUUGUAGGGAUCUGUUGUAUGUAUGUGCUGAUAUUAUACAAUUAGUGGUUGUAACUAUCUCUAUCUUCUCAUUUCUACAAUCUAAUGAAUGUGUGAACCGUGGACCUUCUCUUCCCA